GUUUGGUUAUACGUGACUGUAACUAUUCCUGAAUAGUUAUACAACGUAACGUAGUUAUAACUUUGAAUUUCAACAAUUUUUUGUUUUAAUUUAAAAAAAAAAAAAAAAAUGAUUUUUAAAUUAGUAUUUAUUUCGGUUUUCAUUACGUAUGCCACUGGACAGAGUACUAAAUCAAAUUACCAAUAUAAUUUAGACGAUCAUGUCAAGAUAUUUCUAGAACCAGCACUUAUCAACCAAAAUUACACUAUGUCGAACUCACGUGGAGGAGGCAAUAGUGUUUAUUUUACGAAUGGUCUACCAAAAAAUUUCGAUUCGAGAAAAAAAUGGCCCAAUUGUCCAUCAAUUGGUUAUAUUUAUAAUCAAGGAAACUGUCGUUCGAGUUACGCUAUAGCAGCAGCCUCUGCAGUAUCUGAUAGAAUAUGUAUCCAUUCCAAUGGAACGAAAAAUCCUAUAAUGUCUGCACAGCAUAUUAUUUCUUGUUGCUAUUUGUGUGGACAUGGAUGUGAUGGUGGAUCAUUAUUUGAGUCAUGGGACUUUUACAGGAGACAUGGAUUUGUGUCAGGUGGUGAUUAUAACUCAAACCAGGGUUGUCAACCAUAUACAAUCCCACCAUGUAAAUUAAUAAAUGAAAAACCACCUGGGCAUAGUUGUACAACAUAUCACAGAGAAGAAACACCAAUAUGUGAAAAAAAAUGUUAUAACCCAACUCACUACACUUCAUUAAGAAGCGACAUUCAUAAGGGUAAGUAUUAUAAAGUGUCUCCUUACAUGGCUAUGAAAGAAAUUUUUGAAAAUGGCCCGAUAACAACUCAGUUUUAUAUGUACAGAGACCUGAUUGAUUACAAAUACGGUGUAUAUCAGUAUGACGAGCAGUCAGAUGUCGAUUUUUUUACUGUACAUAGCGUAAAGAUUUUCGGUUGGGGUGAAGAAAAAGACAAUCCGUACUGGUUGGUAGCCAACUCAUUCGGUACGGAUUGGGGUUAUUAUGGAACGUUUAAGAUUUCAAGAGGCAAUGACGGAUGCUUCUUCCAAGAAAAAAUGUACGCUGGAUUACCAUUAUAAUACAUUUAUUGUUUAUGAAUUUAUGAUUCUGUUAUAAAAUCACUAUCAAUUAGUGUUGGACUGUACGAUAAAUAUCAUAAAAUAUACAUUUUGAUAUAUGCUUAA